GUAUUUUUUGCAGAAUGAAAUGAAAAGUUUUUGAUUUUCCUACUCGAUACGAUCAAAUUGUACUAAGCCACUCAUUUGGGUUAAAUGUAUUUUGCUUUAUAUUGAGGGUGGCGAACGAGCAUCCCCUAUUGGUGCGUUUUGUCAGUCUAGCCGAGGUGCAGCACUUCAUAAGGCAUACACACUGGAGCAUAGGAGUAAGGUAUCUAGUAGUAUUCCUGAACUAGGCAUUAGUACAGCUUUGAGAUGCUGGAUCAGGUGGUUUAUUUGGCGGCGGUGAGUGUGCUGGGAGUUUUUGAGCAAGCCUACUUUUCGCUCCAAGUGAUCCAAGCUAGGCGCAAAUAUUCUGUCUCCCCGCCGUCCACUGCGGGACCCCCUGAAUUUGAACGUGUCUUCAGGGCGCAAGCCAACUGCUCAGAGUAUUUUCCCAUUUUCCUCAUGGUUCUCUGGGUGUCUGGAAUUUUCUUCAGUCAAGCCAUUUCUUCAUUUCUGGGGCUUCUGUACUUGUAUGGGCGAUACAGGUAUUUUCAAGGAUACGCCAAAUCUGCACUUGGCAGGUUGGCUCCCCUGUACUUUAGUGCUAAAAUUCUCUGGACUCUGCUCGCCUUCUCCACGUUGGGGGUCCUCAACACCCUAAGCCAGUUGUAUUUUGAUGUGGACUUUCUACAUCUUCUGAAUAAGUUCUUUAUGUAGGAACUUCAAUAACAAUCAGCACUCAAAAACAAGCUGUUUUUGUAACAUAAAUGGAUAAAUCUGACACAGGACACUGUGGAAAAACCUUUAUUUCCCCAAAAAGUUUUAUUCCUUUCUACAUUAAACUUUGUAUUUUUGAACAGAUGUUAAAUAUCAGUGGAAAUAGAAUACUUGAAUAGGUAUACAUUUGAAUAUUUAAACAUAUUUACAUAUGCAAAUGUACUAAUGUCUUGUUGGAUGACAUCAGCAAGAGAUAAGUCAUCUGUUAUCAGCGUGGAACUAUUUAUCCAAAAACAAUGGUUAUGUUAAUUUGUAUAUGCCCGGCAGAGUGUGACCAGGAACAUUCCACAUUCAGAGAGAUGGUGGCCUCAGGAUGUUUUACUAUAUAGACUAGGGGACAACCCCCUUUUCCUGAUCACCAAAGCAACACUGGGUACUAGGUGAACUAAGGGGAAUAUGUGGAUGAUGGAUCAGCACCAUCAAGAGGAAGAAUAGGAUUUGCAUGCAUCAUCACUACCUGGAAUAAUGCAUGUGUGUUUAUAAAUAAAGUUCAAGUAAUGUUUUCCUAUACUACUAAAAAAAGCUAUGUAAGCUAAGUUUUAAAAUGCAAAGUCCGUUUAACAGAUUAAAUAAUAUCUAGCAAUAUGGUUGUACUGUAUUGCUAGCGCUACUGGAGCAAUCAGCACAACAAAUUCACUACUUUGUUCAUAACACAUCGCUGUAUAGAAAUAUAAACAAGCAGGACAUAAAUGUAAUGCAAUGACAACUUUUAGUUAUCCACUUCUUCAAAUAGUGGGUGCGUUCGACUUGGGCUUCGAUCUGUCUGCAGCUGACAUGACGUGGAGCGAGAUCUUUCGGUGUUCUGUCGAGUUGAGCUACUUUGUCGAGUUAGGCUACCGUAGUGCUAAUUGAUAGCCCUAACCCCCUAAAACUUAACCCUAACCCCCAAAUGGUGGAACUGCACAUGCGCAAAUAGGCUCGAUAGUAUGUCUCGAUAGGUAGCUCAACUCGUCAGAACACCGGCUGAGAAGAAGAAGGGUCCAGCUACAGACACCUGUAGAGUGGAGCUCCACAGGAAACACGUGAUCUCAACUCUGUGUUACAGCAAAUAAAGCUUAACC